UGCACGCGCAUUUGUAAUGUGUCUUUGAGUCUUAAUUGAAAAGAAGAGAAAGAAACACACACACAGCACUGCAGCUUAGAGUUAAACACACACCGCAUUCAGUAAUGAAGCCCGCUGUGUUACUCCUGCUGAGCCUCGGAGGAGCCCUAAGCCUCAAAAUCUGCUCCUUCAACAUCAGAUCCUUUGGAGAAAGCAAAAUCUCUAAACCUGAAGUACUUAACGUGAUACUGGAGAGUAUCGCCCGCUGUGACAUCAUGCUCGUCAUGGAAAUCAAAGAUGCUAAGGGAACGGCGUUCCCUCGGCUGAUGACUCAUCUAAACAGGAAGUACAAUGGAAAGAAGCAUGAAUACGGUUACGUCAUCAGUCAGAGGCUGGGGCGAAAAUCAUACAAGGAGCAGUAUGCCUUUGUCUACAGGCAGAAGUUGGUGUCUGUGAAGUCGGUUUAUCAGUAUCCUGACACGCAGACUGAUGACAUUGAUGCCUUUGCCAGAGAACCUUUCGUUGUGUGGUUUUCAUCACCAACUACAGAAAUCAAGGAUUUUGUCAUCAUACCCAUUCACACCCCUCCAGAAGCAGCAGUUAAAGAAAUAGAUGAGCUGUAUGAUGUUUACCAAAAUGUCUCUCAACACUGGCAAUCACAGAAUUUCAUCAUCAUGGGGGACUUCAACGCUGCCUGUGGCUACGUCCCCAAGAAGGAAUGGCGUAACAUUCGCCUGCGCUCAGACAGCAGUUUCGUGUGGCUAACGCAUGAUAAACUGGACACUUCAGUCAAAGAGUCCACGAAAUGCGCUUACGACAGGGUCGUUCUUCACGGAAAGACGAUGAUCCAGGCCGUCAAACCGGAGUCGGUAGAUGUGUAUGACUUCAAACAGGCGUUUGGACUCACUGAACAAGAGGCCUUGGCUGUGAGUGAUCAUUUUCCUCUGUGUAUUACUGUAAACGCAGCUCAGAGGAAAGGUUGACAAGAUUAGUCUCUAGACCUUUUAUUCUUUAUAAUUAAAAGAAGAAGACCUAUACAUUAUCUAUACAUUAACUCAAAACUAAUCAUGUCAUGUGAACAUAUAGGUCACGUGUUGAACCAGUUUGUUUAGGUUCAUGAUUAUUAAAGUGAAACAGUUCUAACUA